AUGUCGAGAAAGAAGAUAGAGCCUGCAUCUCUCAUCAACUCGGUGCUCCGCACAUUCCCCCAGCCCGAAAACGGCUUCACGCCUAAUGGAGUCUACAAGGAGCCCAAAUACACUUUCACCAACUCGUACGAUCUGUACAUAAGUGGUGACAACCUGGCGGCAAGUCCUUCCACAGAGGCCAAGAAGCACUUCGACAACAUGCGAAAGGCAGGUUGGACAGCCAAUUGGAUCGAUAGAGACCAGAAAGAUCAUUUCGUCGAGGUCCAGCACGUCGUUGACCUCUUGGCCGGGGGCCCACUGGGCCAGGGCCAAUGGCUGAAAGCUUCAUUUCAACAGUACCUGCAUCUUGCAUGGUACCAGAACGACCGCCGAAAUACUUGGAACAUCCCUACCUCGCUCAAUAUUCGCAAGGGCAAGAUUUUGCUCUUCCAGUAUAUACAGUCUGGGCAACUCACCAGGAUAACGCCGCCGUCUGGGGGUACGCCGUUAACAGACCCCUUCGAGGCAGUGCAGCUCAAUUUCCUCGCCGAAUACCUCUUCUGUUUCAACAAGGACAAGUCUACACCCUUCCUUCAGCUGAUGGAGCUCUCUGUCGACAUGGCGACCUGCGAAGACAAUGACGUGACAAAGCUGACCCGGUACGUGGGCAAGCGAAUUUUUGACGAACUUGUCAAAGCGUUCCUGAGCUGGUCGGCAUCUCGAGGGGACGAGAGAUAUGAUCGGAGGUUUUUUGACCAGUAUUAUGCCCAGAGAUCCAGCAAGCGUCUAGCGCUAGAAACGAAAGACUGCAUACUGGAGUUUACGACUGCCAAUCUUGUUGACGGCCAGUAG